GCAUUAGCCUUUUCGUCGCAUAUCAACAAUUGUUAAUCAUCAUUUAAUCAAGCACAGUAAUAAGAGAAAAAUUUGUGUCGUCAUCGUCAUCAUAUCAAGAAGAAAAGGAGAAAGGAAUGGAAAUAGGAAGAUUGGCUCCUCUAUGUUGCUGCCUUUUUGUACUGCUUGCUUUAUUAGCCUCAACUUUAGAAGGUGAAGAAGCUACUGACAAGACAUGUCAACCGAAAUCUAAUUUCCAUGAAGGAGAAGUAGGAAGUGUGGGAAUAGGUGUGGCAGGAGGAGUUGGAGGAGGAGGAUGUGUUGGAAUUAAUGAAAUACAAGCAAUGAUAGCUGCUCGAAUUGACAAGAACAUUUCUGUGGUGAACCACUUGAUACUUAAUCAACAAAAGCAAAUACAACACCAAGACCAAAAGAUUGCAGAGCUUCAAGACAGAUUUACCAAAAUGCAUGAUGAGAAAGCAGUAGCAGACAUAAAUAGCUUAGAUGUAAGAAUAACUCAACUUCACACUGAUUUACGCAACAUCAAGUUCCUAAAGGAAGGCAGUAGCUGGGAUGACACAUUUCAAAAUAUAUCCCAGAGAUUGGAGCAGCUUGAGAACCAAAUCAGAGAUUUGGACAUACAAAUUGAAGCUAUCCAGAAAAAUCUGGUGAUUUCAAGCACCUGUACUGGUAAUGUUUAUAAGCAACCGUCAGGUCUUGAAGCCGACCUUUUCAAGCUACAAGAAGAUAUUGUUCUUCUGAAAACAGUCCUGGGAGUGUCAUCAGAUAGCAACCAAGGGGGCACACUGGCAACAUUACAACAGAGGCUAGCAGAUCUAGAGAACUCAAUUAUUGGAGAGGAAAAGAACACUCAGUUUGCCUUUGACGUUUCAGAAGCAUCAGAAGAUGUUACUUUACUGAGAUCAAGUAUUGAGAAGUUAUCAACAUCUGUCAGUGCUGUGGAAAAGGUUGUUAGUGCUGCAAAUUUGGAUAAUCUGCAGUCUGAUGUAACAAACCUGACGACAGUAUUUCAGCAACUGCAAUUGGAUCUGAUAAAAUGUUGCAAGAAUGGAAUGAAUACAACAGAUGGUGUCAAUUUGCAGGUUAUUGGCAACAUGGUGAAUGAUAUGUUGCUUCUUAAUAAUGCAGACAAGACUGGUAUGGUGGACUUUGCAUUAGAAUCAGCUGGUGGCAGCAUUAUCAACACUCGGUGCUCCAAGACAUACACCCCGAAGACAGGACUACUUAGCAUCUUUGGUUUUCCUUUGUGGUAUUCUUCUAGUUCACCAAGAAUGGUUAUUCAGCCUGACAUGAACCCUGGCAACUGUUGGGCAUUGGUAGGGACUCAGGGUUAUGUUGUGAUACAGUUAUCAAACUUUGUCAAGAUCACUUCCUUCUCAAUGGAACAUAUCCCAAAAUCCCUUUCUCCUACUGGCAACAUUGACAGUGCUCCCAACAACUUCUCUGUUGUGGGGCUGGCCCAUGAAUAUGAUUCUGAAGGAACUGAACUUGGAAGAUAUAAUUAUGACCAGAAUGGAAGUCCAAUCCAAUUCUUUGUUGUUCAA